AUGCCUCGCGCAACAUCCGACCGCUUCAGUCGGGCACACCAACCCUCAGCAAAGGCAAAAUCUAAUGCCGCCUCCUCCUCGAGCUCCUCCUCAGGCGCACAUAACCCCAUCUUCAAUACGGAGCGGUUCGGCCAGCAUAUCCUGAAGAACCCGCAAACCGCCCAAUCGAUUGUGGACACAGCGAAUCUGCGGCCCACAGACAAGGUUCUCGAGGUCGGUCCCGGUACUGGAAAUUUGACGGUGCGAAUAUUGGAGAAGGCGAAGCAUGUCACGGCCGUGGAGAUGGAUCCCCGCAUGGCGGCCGAACUGACGAAGCGGGUGCAGGGAAAACCCGAACAGCGCAAGCUCGAAAUCAUGAUCGGCGACUUCGUGAAAGCGACGCUGCCGUACUUCGACGUCUGCAUAUCCAACACGCCCUACCAGAUCUCCUCGCCGCUCAUCUUCCGCCUGCUCUCGCACCGUCCGCUCUUCCGCACCGCGAUCCUGAUGUUCCAGCGCGAGUUCGCGAUGCGCCUCGUCGCGCGCCCGGGCAGCGAGAUGUGGUCGCGCCUCUCCGCGAACGUCCAGCUGUACGCGAAGGUCGACCUCGUCAUGCACGUCAGCAAGAACAACUUCCGUCCGCCACCAAAGGUCGAGAGCAGCGUCAUCCGCCUCGUGCCGCGCGACCCCCCGCCGCCUGUCGAGUUUGGCGAGUUUGACGGGCUGGCGCGGAUUGUGUUUGGGCGUAGGAACAAAAUGAUCCAUGCGAACUUCCAGGCGAAGGGUGUGAUGGAGAUGCUGGAGAGCAAUUGGCGGACGUGGGCGUCGGUCAACAAUGUGAUGAUCGAAGACGGUGUCGACAUGAAGAAGAAGGUCGAGGAAGUGCUUGAGGAGACGACGUUCGGUGAGAGCCGUGCUGCCAAGAUGGACAUCGACGAUCUUCUCAAAUUGCUAUCCGCUUUCCAUGAUGUUGGCAUACACUUCGCAUAA